AUGGAUUCACUCUCUGUGGAAGAACUUUCUUGUCUUGACAAACAGCCGGUGUGUUUAGUGUGCAGAGAUUCACAGAAACACAUCAAUCACACAUUCAGACCCAUCAGUGAAGUUGUUCCAUCAUACAAGGAGAAUCUCAGUACAGCACUAAAGUCCUUACAAGGCAAAGUUAAAGACAAAACAAAUAUUAUAAGAGAGUUUGAGAAAACAGUUAAACACAUUAAGUCUCAAGCUGAUCACACAGAGCGUCAGAUUAAACAGCAGUUUGAGAAGCUUCAUCAGUUUCUCAGAGAUGAAGAAGAAACUACAAUCACUGCACUGAGGGAGGAAGAGGACCAGAAGAAGCAGAUGAUGGAGAAGAAGCUGGAGGAGAUCAACAGACACAUCUCAGCUCUUUCACAGUCAAUCAAAGACACGGAGGAGAUGAUGAAAGCCAGUGACGUCUGCUUUCUGAAGGAGUUUCCAGUCUAA